UGCAGGCUCGGGGGAGGCAGCUCACACUGCAGCCUGCGAUCCCCGCAAGUCAAGUGAAGGAGUCCAAGACGCUGCGACUUCCCUGCGACACAACCAUGCGCCGGGCUCUAGCACUGGGGCUCUGGCUGCUGCUGGCCGGAGACGCAUGGGCGCUCAGAGGGGUGCUGGAAGGAGCCCCCUUGACUUAUGGACCUUUGGAAGAGGAGAUCCUGGUGGCCAACCAUGGGAUCAGGGUGCCCUUCGGGAGGUCCGUCUACCUGGACCCUGUCCUAGACCUGGUGAUACAAGUGCAGCCGGGUGACAAGUGUCACAUCAGCGUCCUCAGCAAUGACCCGCUCUCCCAGGGACCCGGACACCUUUCUCCUAACAGGUUCCCCUGCGAGUUUGGGGCCCGGGAGGUGAAGUACUCUCACCUGGGAGCCCGAAGUCCUUCCAGGGACCGGGUGAAGCUCCAGCUCCGCUACGAUACCCAGACCAGCACAGUGAUCAUCCCAUUCAUGAUCGAGGUGGAGGUGCUGUUCACCCAGCUGGAGGUGGUCACCAGGAACAUGCCACUGACUGUGGACAAGCUGCUGGGCACCAGUAACCCCAUAGAUAAGAAGAUCCUGGAGUUCACUUAUGACAGGACAUUUGAGGUGUGCAGGAUCACCCCACUGCUGGACCUUGCUGGACUGCCCAGGUAUGGAAGGGUGCUACACAGUGCUGGGCAUAUGGUGGACUGUGGGGAGUUCUUACAACAAGGGGUGCGCUACCAGCACACAGCCUCCACCCAGUCACCCAACAAGGACUACAUCCCAAUGUUGGUGGAGUUGCAUGAUAAAGUUGGGAAUUUACUAAAGCAAGAACAUUUUCAAAUGCUGGUUAGGAUCAAGGAAGGUCUGGAGAACACCCAGCCUAAGCCUAGCUUUGUAGCCAUGAUGAUGAUGGAGGUGAAUCAGUUUGUCAUGACAGCCAUCACUCCUGACAUGUUGGCUGCAGAGGACUUGGAAUCUGACCCCGGGGAUCUUAUAUUUAAUAUCACUUCCACCUUCAGUCCAGGACAGGGGCAUAUUGUAAGUACAGAUGACCGCAACUUGCCCAUUACCUCCUUCUAUCAGAGAGACUUGCAGGAAUUUAGGAUUGCUUACAAACCGCCACCUGAGGACUCUGACACUGAACGCAUCUUUGAAGUGGAACUGGAGGUGGUGGACACUGAAGGAGCGGUGUCUGAGCCUUUCUCAUUCAUGAUUCUUGUUAAACCGAUGAAUACGCUUGCCCCCGUGGUUACUCACAACACUGGGCAGCUUCUGUUUGAAGGGCAAUCACGGCCCCUGUCAAGUGCCCAGAAUUUACAAAUCAGCGAUGAGGACAACCUUGAUUAUGUUAAAGUGACUGUACUGGAUGGGCUAAGACAUGGGCAGCUGUACCUGCUCGGUUCACCUGAGAACUCCAAAUUUUUUACGGCUUCUGAUCUGGACCAAGGUAGAGUCAUUUAUCAACAUGACGGGAGUGACACUUACAGUGACAAUAUCAUCUUCCGUAUGACAGAUGGAAAGCACCAAGUUGAGUUCCUCUUCCCAAUAACAGUGGUGCCAACUGACGAUGAGCCUCCUAUAGUCAAUGCCAACACAGGUUUAAUGAUCUCAGAGAAAGACGUGUCGCCUGUAACUCCAGUUGUGUUGAGUGCAACAGAUAUCGACUCAGAAGACUCUACCAUACGGUUUAUAUUGGACUUACCUUACUCAGUAGUUGGCCAAAUGGUAUUGCGUCAAUCUGAGAUACCUCAAGACCCUUCUGAGUGGAAAUUAUUACCUGAACUGAACCUUUUUGAAAAGGAAGUAAAAGAGUGGACUCAACAAGACAUAUUAGAUGGUAAAUUAUAUUACAAGCAUGUUGGACCGCACAGCACUGUCCCGGUCAUGGACCAGCUGGUCUUUAGAGUCCAAGAUGACAAUGAUUCUCCUAAUCAGUCUGGUGAACAUACAUUUGUUGUAAAAAUUAAUCCUAUUGAUGACUUGCCUCCAGAGUUAUACCCGGCCACCACCCUUAGGAUGGUGGUACAGGAAUAUCAUCUAACCCAUUUUAGAAGGAAAUUUCUUCGAUAUACUGACUUGGAUUCUGAUGACAGAGAUCUCAAAUACACAGUGACUAUUCCCCCAACUGAUACAGAUGAAAACAACCCAGUUCUGAUGGGAUUUAUAGUUCUAACUGAAAACCCAGAACAGGUUGUUACCGAGUUUACACAAGCUCAGAUAAACCAUCACAAAAUUGCCUACAAACCACCUGACUUGGAGCUUGGAAUUACUCCACGUGUAGUGCAGUUUCACUAUACCGUAGAGGAUAUGUCUGGGAACAUAGCCGAAGGGGAUUUUACUAUUUUCUUGGAGCCCGUGGACAACAAGCCCCCAAGUAUCGUUAACACUGGAUUUACUGUGUUUGAAAGAGGAAGUCACAUUAUCACUCCAGCUGAACUUGAUGCCACAGAUGCGGACACAGGCAAAGACAAAAUUACCUUCACACUGACCCAAUCUCCAAGGCAUGGUCAAGUGAUGUAUUCCAAUCUCGUAAUGGAUGUUGGUGAAACAUUUGUUCUGGAUGACAUACGUAGUGGAAGGAUAAGCUACAUGCACAGUGGUGAGGAGUCUACCAGUGAUUCUUGUACCCUUGAUGUUAGUGAUGGAGUUCAUGUGCUUACAAUAAUCAUUAAAAUCACUGUUCGUUUAGUGGAUGAUGAAGCGCCUAGACUUAUGCUACCUUCAGGAACCAUUGGCUCCUUUUUAGAUGUUUUAGAAGGCAGCUCUGCAGAAAUCACAUCGAAUGUUAUCCAAGGCACUGACACAGAUACAGAUGAUCUCAUGUUAACCUUCAUUGUGGAAGACCCACCACAUCUUGGAGUAAUUCUGGUCAAUGGCAUUCCAGCCGAAAGAUUUUCUCAAAGGGAUAUCAUAGAUGGUGCUGUUGUCUAUUCUCACACUUCUGGAGAAAUUGGAUUGCAGAAAAAGGAGGAUUCAUUCAAUUUAACAUUAUCUGACAUGUCUGAAGAAUGGACUGUUGGCGGUAAUAGAGUUACAGGAGUUCGUGUUCAGGUGACUAUUCUUCCAUUAGAUAAUCAGCCUCCAAUUGUAUCUGUGGGUGAACAGUUCACAGUUAUUGAAGGAGAAAAAAAUGUGAUUACGCCCUCCCAUUUAAAAGCUAGUGAUAGAGACACUCCAAAUGAUGACAUCCUUUGCACUAUUAUUGUGCAGCCUACAUCUGGAUAUCUUGAAAAUAUUUCACCAGCUCCAGGCUCUGAAAAAUCUAGAGCUGGGACAUCUAUUAGUGCAUUUACAUUGAAAGAUAUUAGACUGGGACAUAUUUAUUAUGUUCAAAGCAUCCACAAAGGUGUAGAACCUGUAGAGGAUAGACUUACUUUCCACUGUUCCGAUGGCAUAAACCUUUCCCAAAGACAUUUCUUCCCAGUUGUUAUCAUACCUGCCAAUGAUGAAAAGCCAGAGAUCUUCAUGAGGGAGUUUGUUGUUAUGGAGGGAAUGAGUCUCGUCAUUGAUAUUCCAAUACUGAAUGGGGCCGAUGUAGACCUCCCAGCAGACAACCUUAUCUUUUUCAUCACAAAGCCACCAAAACAUGGGCAUAUCGUGAACCAGCUAACCAAUGGCACUGUUCUGGUUAACAGCUUCAGCCUGGAUGACAUCAAAGAAAGCUCCACCAUCCUUUAUGAACAUGAUGAUUCUGAGACCAAAGAAGACAGCUUUGAGAUAAAACUUUCUGAUGGAAAACAUACAGUGGUCAAAACCGUUCUGAUUAUGAUUAUACCUGUGGAUGAUGAGACUCCUAGAAUGACCAUUAAUGAUGGACUGGAGAUUGAAAUUGGAGAAACAAAACUGAUUAAUAAUAAAGUAUUAAAAGCAACAGAUUUGGACUCGGAUGACAAGUCUUUGACGUAUAUAUUACGCUAUGGGCCUGGUCAAGGCCUCUUACAACGAAGAAGACCAAACGGUGAACUUGAAAACAUUACAAUAGGUAUGAACUUCACUCAGGAUGAGGUGGACAGGGAAUUAAUACAAUACCAUCACUUCGGCCAAGAGGGAAUACGUGAUCUCUUCAAAUUUGAUGUUACCGAUGGUAUAAAUCCUCUUAUUGACAGAUAUUUUUAUGUGACUGUUGGAGGCAUUGAUAUGGUGUUCCCAGAUGUGAUUAGCAAAGGGGUAUCUCUAAAAGAAGGAGGCAAGGUAACGCUUACAACUGACUUGCUUAGCACCAGUGAUCUCAACAGUCCUGAUGAACAUUUAGUUUUCACCAUCACAAGGGCUCCUGUACGUGGACAUUUGGAGUGCACAGAUCUGCCAGGGGUUCCCAUCACAUCGUUCACCCAGCUGCUGUUAGCUGGUAAUAAAAUCUAUUACACACAUACAUCCGAUGAUGAAAUAAAGAUGGACAGCUUUGAAUUUGAGGUCACUGAUGGGUAUAAUCCAGUUUUCCGCACAUUCAGAAUAUCCAUCACUGAUGUUGAUAACAAGAAGCCUGUUUUGACCAUCCAUGAACUGACCGUAAGAGAGAGUGAGAAUAAGUUGAUCACCCCCUUUGAACUUACGGUGGAGGACAGAGAUACACUAGAUAAACGGCUUAAGUUCAUCAUCACUCAGGUGCCAGUUCACGGAAAGAUCCUAUUCAACAAUAGCAAAACGGUAACCUCCUUUACAAAACAGGAUCUCAAUGACAACCUCAUCAGUUAUAAACACAUUGGUACUGAAUCCACCGAGGACAGCUUCUCUUUCACUGUGACUGAUGGAAUCCACACUGAAUUUUAUGUCUUUCCUGACACCGUCUAUGAGACCCGACAGCCCCAGAUGAUGAAGAUUCGGAUUAUCGCUGUUGAUAAUGGGGUGCCGCAGAUUGCAGUAAAUAAGGGGGCCCCAACUCUCCGCAUCCUGAGCACUGGCCAUUUGGGCUUCUUGAUCACUAACAAGGUCCUUAAAGCAGAAGACAGGGACAGCACCCAAAUCUCUCUCCGCAUCCAAAUUACUCAAGGCCCCAGUCAUGGAUUCCUUAUCAACUUAGACAAGGGGAACCGCAGCAUCAACCAGUUCACACAAGCGGACAUUGACGACAUGAAAAUCUGCUAUGCGUUACGAGACAAGGAGAACGCAACAAGUGAUAUUUUCCAUUUUACUGUUGAAGACAGUGGUGGAAAUAAACUGAAGAAUCAGCAUUUUCGUCUCAACUGGGCUUGGAUCUCUAUAGAGAAGGAGCACUAUGUGGUGAAUGAAGACGCCAAGCAUUUAGAGGUUAUCCUGAAACGCAGAGGAUAUCUUGGAGAAACCUCGUUUGUCAGUAUCGGCACUGUAGAUGGGACAGCAGAAAAGGACAAGGACUUCAGAGGAAAGGCCCAGAAACAAGUACAGUUUAAUCCUGGGCAGACCACGGCGACUUGGAGAGUGCGGAUCCUGAGUGACGGGGAAUAUGAACAGUCCGAAACCUUCCAGAUCGUCCUGUCAGAGCCUGUCAUGGCAGCACUGGAAUUCCCAGAGGUGGCAACAGUGGAGAUCAUCGACCCUGGAGAUGAAUCAACAGUGUUUAUACCCGAGCCAAUAUAUAAGAUUGAAGAAGACAUCGGUGAGCUGUUUAUACCGGUGCGGAGAAGCGGAGAUGUCAAUCAGGAGUUGAUGGUUAUAUGUUUUACACAUCAAGGUACGGCUACUGGAACCGUCCCGACCUCCGUUUUAUCCUAUUCUGAUUACAUAUCCAGACCUGAGGAGCAUAACAGCGUUUUGAGGUUUGAUAAAGGCGAGAAGGAGAAGAUGUGCCGGGUGGUUAUAAUAGAUGAUUCCUUGUAUGAGGAGGCAGAGUCCUUUAAUGUCACGCUCAGCAUGCCUAUGGGAGGAAGACUUGGAUCUGAGUUCCCUUCUACUCAGGUUGUGAUUUUACCGGACAAGGAUGACGAGCCUGCUUUUUACUUUGGAGAUGUGGAACUGUACGUGGAUGAAAGUGCGGGAUACAUAGAAGUACGUGUAUGGAGGACUGGUACUGAUCUGUCAAAAACUGCCACUGUCACCGUGCGGUCACAAAAGACGGAGCCAGUGUCAGCCAUAGCUGGCAUUGACUAUGUAGGUAUCAGUAGGAAUCUGGAUUUUGCUCCCGGCGUUAACAUGCAGACUUUCCGUGUGGUCAUUCUGGAUGACUUGGGACAGCCGGUGCUGGAGGGCAUAGAGAAGUUUGAACUCGUGCUGCGUAUGCCAAUGAACGCCGUCCUCGGGGAGCCCAGUAAAGCCAUAGUAUACAUCAAUGACACCGUCUCUGACUUGCCAAAGGUUCAAUUCAGGGAGGCCAUGUACAUGGGGCACGAGAAGGAUGGGAAGAUCACAGCCAUGGUGUACAGAAGUGGGGAUGUCAGCUACAAGUCUACGGUUCGUUGUUACACUCGCCAAGGCUCGGCACAAGUGAUGAUGGACUUUGAAGAACGACCAAAUACAGAUAGUUCAAUCAUCACAUUCCUUCCAGGUGAGACAGAACGUCCUUGCGUUGUGACGCUGAUGGACGAUACCAUCCAUGAAGAAGAGGAGGAGCUGCGACUUGUCCUUGGAACUCCCAGAAGUGAAUCUCCUUUUGGAGCCUCCAUAGGAGAACUCAAUGAGACCUUAAUAAAGAUUAAGGAUGAUGCAGACAAGGCAAUAAUAAAGUUUGGUGACACCAAGUUUAGUGUGAGCGAACCGAAGGAACCCGGACAAAUCGUGGUAGUAAAAAUUCCAGUUGUUCGUCAGGGAGACACAUCAAAGGUCUCCAUUGUGCGUGUGCAUACAAAGGAUGGCUCUGCUACCUCAGGGGAAGAUUAUAACCCUGUGUCAGAAGAGAUUGAAUUUAAAGAAGGUGAAACACAGCACAUUGUGGAGGUCGAAGUCUUGUAUGAUGGAGUUAGGGAAAUGAGAGAAGCUUUUACUAUACACCUGAAGCCUGAUGAGAACAUGGUUGCAGAAAUCCAGAUGACCAAAGCCAUAGUGUAUAUCGAAGAAAUGAACAGUAUGGCUGAUGUGACAUUCCCCUCGGUUCCUCAAGUUAUCUCACUUUUUAUAUAUGAUGACACUUCAAGAGCUAAGGAGAACCCUAAUCCCAUUGCUGGUUACCCAGUUGCUUGCAUCACGGCUUGUAACCCUAAAUAUUCAGAUUAUGACAAAACUGGAUCAAUAUGUAUCAGUGAACACAUCAACGACACAUUAACCCGUUACCGUUGGCUGGUCAGUGCCCCCAAGGGCCAGGAUGGAGUCACCAGUCCUAUGAGGGAGGUUGAUUUUGACACAUUCUUUACGUCUUCAAAAAUGAUCACCCUGGAUUCAAUAUACUUCCAUGCGGGUUCGCGGGUGCAGUGUGCGGCACGUGCUGUAAACUCAGAUGGACAGGAAGGUCUGGAACUUAUGAGUCCUAUUAUAACCAUAAGCACAGAAGAAGGUCUCUGCCAACCUCGAGUGCCGGGAGUGGUCGGAGCUGAACCGUUCUCUGCUAAGAUGCGAUACACGGGGUCGGAUGAUCCCGAUCAUCCAAAUCUUAUUAAAGUAACUAUUACUAUGCCUCAUAUUGAUGGCAUGCUUCCAGUGAUAUCCACUAGGGAGCUUUCUAACUUUGAGCUCACACUGAGCCCUGAUGGUACACGGGCAGGAAACCACAAGUGCUCGAAUCUUCUGGAUUAUAAUGAAGUGAGAACUCGUUACGGGUUCUUGACUGAUGCCACCAAGAAUCCCAAUGUCAUAGGGGAGACCUCUCCCUACCAAUAUAAUACACAGCUGAGAGGGUCUAAUGCUUUACGCUUCUACAGAAAUCUUAACCUAGAGGCCUGCUUGUGGGACUUUACCAGCUACUAUGACAUGUCGGAGCUCCUUACUGAAUGUGGUGGCACCAUUGGCACAGACGGACAGGUCUUGAACCUUGUCCAGUCCUACGUGACGCUGCGGGUGCCGCUGUACGUGUCCUAUGUCUUUCACUCACCUGUGGGAGUUGGCGGGUGGCAGCACUUUGAUCUGCACUCUGAGCUGCGCCUGACAUUUGUGUACGAUACCGCCAUCUUGUGGAACGAUGGUAUUGGGAGCCCUCCAGAAGCUGAAUUACAAGGCUCCCUCUACCCGACCAGCAUGCGUAUAAAUGAAGAAGGUCGCUUGGUUGUCAAUUUUAAAACAGAAGCUCGAUUCUAUGGUCUAUUUGUAAUGUCACAUCCUGCAACACUGCUGACCUCCAUGAUCAUGUCAGCCGAUCAUCCAGAGUUAACCUUUACCCUGAAUCUUGUGCGGAAUGAACCCAGUUAUAACCAGCCCGUUCAGCAGUGGAGCUUCGUCUCUGAUUUUGCUGUUAGAGAUUACUCUGGCACUUACACAGUUAAACUCAUCCCCUGUACCACGGCCCCGUACCAGGAAUACACUAUACCCGCUGUGUGUAACCCCCGGGAGCCCAUCAACUUUGAUGUUGAUAUCAGAUUCCAGCAGGUCAGUGACCCCGUUGCGGCAGAGUUCAGUUUAAAUACCCAGAUGCUGCUUCUGUCUAAGAAAUCGCUGUGGCUGUCUGAUGGAUCGAUGGGUUUUGGACAAGAGAGUGACAUCUCGUUCUCUGAAGGUGAAGUCAUCUAUGGUCGAGUGAUGGUUGAUCCAGUCCAGAACCUUGGAAACUCUUUUUACUGCAGCAUCGAGAAAGUCUUCCUCUGCACUGGAGCCGAUGGCUAUGUACCCAAAUAUAAUCCCUCCGAUAAUGAAUACGGCUGCCUCGCCGACUCUACGUCUCUCCUCUACCAAUUUAAGAUAUUGGAUAAAGCACAGCCGGAAACUCAGGCUAGAAAAUUUGGCAGCAUCUUGUUUAACGCCAGGCUGGCAGCGGAUGAUCCGGAGGCAUUACCGCUCGUCAGACAGCCUGGCUCGGAUGGAUUUAAAGUUGACUCCACUCCUCUGUUCCAGAUUUCUACAGGCCGAGAGUGGUAUAUGCAUGCAAUCUACACCAUGAGGUCCAAAGAAAACGCCAACAGAGGCAUCGGAAAGAGAAGCUUAGAAUACCAGUACCAUUCUGUACUGAGCACAGGGACUUUUGGAGAGUCAAAGAGCAGUCGUAAGAAGAGAGAUGUCAAUGAAGUCCCAACAGUUGCUAAGGAAAUUGGCAUGGAGAACAACAGAGGAACCAAUAUUCAGCAUAUCGUUUUAGAACGUAACAACAAAAAGACAAUUUCUGAGAAGGAAAUCAUCCCAGAUGGGUUAAUACCAAGAGAGGUGAAUAAUAAGGAAAGUGAGAUUAACGUGGUCAUCAUUGUGGUCGUCAUCGCUGCCAUAUUGUUAUUAGUGGUCUGUUUGAUAGCGAUCAUUUUAUUCAUGUUCAAGCGUAAGCAAAAGUCCAAAAAGAAAGAAGAAGGGAGAGAGUCGGGAAGCAGCGAGCCCAUGAUGCCUCCUCGGGGAUACAGUACAGACAGCUCUGAGGUUUGACAUUGUGGAUCCAUGAGCCUAGUCAUAAGUGCCUCAAAAAUAGCAAAUUUCAGAAUUUUCUAAACUCUUUCCAGAAGACACAUAUAUGCUGUGUGCCCAGUGGUCCAUCUACUCUUCAAUACCUCAUGUAUGUUUAAAGUGUUGGAAGGACCAUGAGGGCACCAAUGGGACCGAAACAUCAAACCAAUGUCUGUAUACCUGGGAUUCCUGACAACCUGAACUCAUGCACUAACCAUGAAGAGGCGCUAAAAGGACUGUAAAUGAGGAUUAUCCUCUUGUAUUUCUUUUAUAUUAUUUAAAAAAAAAUUGAAAUAUGCAAAGGUGCUGAUAGCUCAUCUCCUCAUUUGCAGGGAGAGCUUUUCCUAAUAGUAUCCAUUGGGGUAGGUUCACAUGGAGUUUUCUGGAGAAAGUUUUGAGACAGAUUUUCCUUCAGGCUUAUUAGCCAAAGCAAGAAGUGGAUCCAGCAGGAAGGAGAAGUAUUAGCCCUUCCUUUAUAUUUCCAAUUCCUCUCAAAUCUGCUUUUGCCUUUGGCUGAAAAACCUGCCUCAAAACCCCCUCCUAAAAAACUCUGUGUGAACCUACCCUUAGAGGUUCAAUGAUCAUACUCUAAAUGUCAGUUUUAUAAUAUUUUUGCAGAGACUGUAUACUCAUCAUCGUGAAGAUUGCUAUAAAAUAUUGUUCUUUUUAUGCCCAGUGGAUUCAUCUAGUUGUAUUAUUCCUUGUUAACCAAAGAUUCCUCUGAGGUUAAAGGUACUAGUCUAGGACAAGAUGGAUUCCCCAGUCCAUGAUGUUUUCUACUUAGGACCACAUAAAGCAGUACAUAAUAAGGGGGUCUGCAAGAUGUAUGGUUAGAAGAAUGCUGUCAUGCUGAUCAUGUGAAGUUCUACUCGUUUGCUGUCUAGUGGGAAACACCAUAUAGCAGUCCUUCUCCCAUAUAACCCGGUUGUUUAUAAUAGGAGCUUCUCCUUAUAGAUGCUGCCUACCAUAUGUAUCUAGGAAAUAAAAAAUAUUGCCCUUAAAGGCUAUGGACACCUUCAAGGUUUUUUUAUGAUUCCAUUUUACUCAUUUUGGGCUAAAAAUCAUUUUAUCGGUUGGUCUUUAUUAAAAAUAUCCAGCCGUUUCUAAGACACAAUCCCUUUAAAAUUACUUAAAAUUGGUUUUCCCGUCUUAACAUUUGUGGCAUAUCACUAGUAUAAGCCACAAAUGUCAGACAGGUGCAGGCCCCACCUCUGCUUGUCUUUUAUUUCAGGGGCCUCACCUUCUCUAUCUCCAGAACGGGGUCCCCCCCCCAAGGGAAAGCAGCUUCACACGCACCACCACCCUCCAUCUAUGGGAGUUCUGAAAAUAACCGUAUGCACUGGCUCGGCUAUUUUGUGAAGUCUCAUGGCAGUGAAUGGAGAGGAUGCUGUGCAUCAGGGGCCCCAUUCUGGAGAUAGGAGCAGGUCCCAGAGGUGGCAUAUCCACACAUGUUGAGAUAGGAAAAGCCCUUUAAAGGAGUUGCACAAGAUUAAGGAAAUCUGGCAGAAACAGCGCC